ACACCCCUUGUGAAAUGGUACGCCCCAGCAGCCUAGUGGAAGUGUUCUGGCGGCAGUGGAGUACAUUCUUACUAGAAUAUUCACUAUUGUCUGGAGUCUCAUUAUUCAUACACACAAACAACUGUCUCCAGUUUGACGGAGAGCAUCUUUUUCUUCCAUAUCUUUGAAGACAAUAGAACGUGCUGCCAUUUGGUGAUGUGGUGCUUGGUGUUCACCUGCCUAGUCGUCUGUGCAGCAACCACGGCGAGUGCCUCCUGUCCGGUGGAAAUCAGUCCCGAUGAAGUGGUGGUGCCCUUCGGCGGCUCCUUCUCCGUCACCUGCAGGGCCGGAUCUGACCAAGUGAGAGGUAUGGGCUGGGAGUCUCCGUUUGGGGGCACAGGAGUAAAGGAGGGCGUGGCCAACGUCACCUUGCAUGUGGAGUCCUUGAGAGGAUGGCGAGUGAACACAAUCUGCUUCGCCAACCUCAGAAAUGGCACUCAGUGCUCCAAGAUUCUCCCCGUCACCGCUUACAAAAUGGCCGACAACGUGACUAUAAGGAGCGAGUACGGCGCCAAGCCCAUGGAGGAGGACUUUAUUUAUUCCUUUUAUUGUCAGGUCAUGAAGGUAGCGCCGGCACGUAAGGUCACGGUGCAGUGGUUCAAGGGGAACCAGAGCUUGGACCUGAUGACAGAACCGGGGGUUAGGAAUCAUGAUCCGGUGGAUGUGACCUUCAGGAAGAAUCUGCAGCUCCGAGGCGAGGACGACGGAGCGCAGGUGCGCUGUGAGGCCACGCUCGACCUGGGGCCAUCGGGGCCUAGACUUCCCGCUGUGUCCUCGGAGCCAGUCCAGCUGAUUGUGCUUUAUCCGCCCACCUUCCACCAAGAUGAUGAGAAGCUGUCACUUCCUGUCGGGGGCAACAUGACUCUAAACUGCAGGGCCCGGGGAAACCCAGCACCACGAUACAACUGGACUCUCCCUGCCCCCCUGAAGAUGAGGACGGAAAAUCAAGCCAUCCUGACCUUGUCUUUCCAGCAUCCUGGCACUUACCAGUGCACCGCCGCCAAUUCCCAGGGCGCCGCUGUCAAACGCUUCACAGUCAGCCAAGCUCCAAGGAAUCGAACAACCUUCACAACGCUGGUGGUCGUGUUUGUGGCAGUGGGAGUUCUUCUCGCCAUCGGCGGCCUUUUAUUUCUCACUCCUCAUGGAAUGUUUUCUUGCAAAAAGGACAGCUAUACUAGUGGUGUGCCCACGUCUGGUCCCCUCGUAGGCGGCGUGCAGCUUUCUGCUCGCAGUGCGAGUCUGGCAGACAACAGCGACUCAUCUGGCCUGCUGAGAACUCACAAAGCAUCCAGGUCAAAUGUCACUGGACGCAAGAUAGCAGGCGGCAAUGACAAAUACAAAAGCCAAAAGCAGGGGCCCUUGUGUUCAAGCAGCAUUGUUCCCUGCAGAGUUUGCCAAGCUUGUGCAACUUGGACUUUUCCUUUCUCCGGGAUCCUUCCUUCACGUUCCACCGCAGAAAUGGAGUUUGUGCAAGUGAUGGUGUGGACUCUCUGCAUGCUUUCCUCAGCAUCAGGUGACGGUUGCUCCUUAAUCCUCAAGCCCCCCAGAGUGGUGGUGGGCUUCGGCCAGCCUGUGUCGGUCAGUUGCGAGGCCACCCGGCCCGUGCGGGUGCUGGGCUGGGAGUCGGCUGUCAGCGCGGCGCACACUCAGCAGGGCCCGAGCGUGCAGUGGAAGGUGGACAGCCUCAUCGACUGGAUCGACGAGCCCAUCUGUUACGGCGUCUUCUUCACCACGCCACGCCAGUGCGAGGAGAAGCUCAACCUCGUCCUCUACAAGAGCCCAGACAGUGUCACCAUCCAGACGAUGAACCACAGCGGCCCCAUGCAGGAGGGCAAAGAAUACCAGCUUCUCUGCGAGGUGCAGAACGUCGCUCCCGUCCAGUACCUCACCUUGAGGUGGUACAGAGGCCCCACCCAGGUGUACAACCGCUCCUUUUCUGACCUCACGUCUGCCUCGCCGGUGCAAGUGUCCUCCGUCCUGGUCAUCACGCCCACCAAAGCCGACAACGGUGCACCCUACAGCUGUGUUGCAGAGCUGGAACUGGGACCGGAGGGACCGCAACCGCCUCUGGCUGUCACCUCGCAGACCCUGAGAGCCUCUGUGCACUUCCCCCCAGUGUUCCAAAGUCCCGGAGCAGAAAGUGUGGACUUGACAGACGGAGGUGAAGUGACACUAAACUGCAGCGCCACAGGAAACCCGGAGCCCGCCUACAGCUGGUGGGCCCCCCAGGCCCUGCAGGAGCUGAGAGAGGAGGGCCACGCUGUGCUGGCCUCCUCCUCCUUGCUGCCAGGAACCUACACCUGCACCGCCUCCAACACCCUGGGCAAGAAGAGCAAGCACUUCACCGUCAGAGCCAAGGAGGUCUAAAGGUGCGCUCUUGAAACCGGGACACACUGAGAGGAGAGCAGACAUUCUAAGAUGAAGAUAGCACUGACACUUGACAGCAGCUCAAAUACACACCUCCCUCAUUGUGUCCCCUUCACAUGUCUCACUAGGACAUCCACUGGCCGUCUUCACCUAAACACACUGCCAGUUAAGUAGGCCUGCCAUCUGUAAAGCUGCCAUUGACAAAUGAUGGCCAUGCUUGAGAGCAAACUGCAAAAAACUUGGAGAGAAAAUUCAACUAUUGAAGGAGUAUUCUAGCAAAAUUAUUCACAAACCUGUAUCUCAAUCUGUGUGCGUCUAUAUCGAUUCUAGUGUGUGUGUGUGUCUGUGUGUUUGUGUGUCUGUGUGUGUGUGUGUGUGUGUGUGUGUGUGUGUGUGUGUGUGUGUGUGUGUGUUUGUGUGUGUGUUCAAAUCCACGUACGUCUUGGAAGUUGUCUGUCUGUCCACAAUCACAAAGAACCCUCAAAUAUUUGGACUCCGGGGCCACAUUGAGAGACAAAAUGUGUCUAGGGGGGCCAAUGUGUGUGUGUAUAAAUGAUACUGUACAUCUAAAUGUGUAUAUAUGUGUGUAUAAAUGAUAUUUACACAUUUAUAUGUACAGUAUGUGUGUAUAAAUGAUAUUUACACAUUUAUAUGUACAGUAUGUGUGUAUAAAUGAUUUAUACACAUUUAGAUGUACAGUAUGUGUGUAUAAAUGAUAUUUACACAUUUAUAUGUACAGUAUGUGUGUAUAAAUGAUAUAUACACAUUUAGAUGUACAGUAUGUGUGUAUAAAUGAUAUAUACACAUUUAGAUGUACAGUAUGUGUGUAUAAAUGAUAUAUACACAUUUAGAGGUACAGUAGAUGUGUAUAAAUGAUAUAUACACAUUUAGAUGUGUGUUUGGCUCCCUUUUUUCCAGGAACACUAACACCAAAAGUCACAAUAUCCCAUAGAGUUGUAAAAAAGUUGUGACAGACCACCUAAAAAAAGAUGAAUGGAAUUUUACAGUUUUUUACUGAAUGGGAGACCCAAAAUGUACAUGAAAAUAAAGAAAAUGGGAUUUACUAUAUUAUCUAUGACCAAUAAAACAGUGAAUAUUAACAAAA